AUGAAACUAAUCAUCGUACUCGCUUUAUGUGUGGUGGCAGUUGCUUGGGCUAGGCCUGCCUCCACCUACACUGACAAGUGGGACAACAUCAACGUAGACGAGAUCUUAGAGUCCCAGCGUCUACUGAAAGCGUACGUGGACUGCUUGCUCGACAGAGGACGUUGCACUCCUGAUGGGAAAGCCCUCAAAGAAACUCUCCCUGACGCCUUAGAACAUGAGUGUAGCAAAUGUACUGAAAAACAAAAGAAGAGCUCGGACAAGGUCAUCAGGCACUUGGUGAACAAACGCCCAGACUUGUGGCAGGAGUUAUCAGGAAAGUAUGACCCUGAGAAUAUCUAUCAGGAGAGGUACAAAACCCAGCUUGAUGCCGUCAAGCGACAUUAA